AUGUCCGCUCUACCUCAACCUCACGCGUCGACUUCGAAAUCAGCAGUGAUGGGCAACCCUCAGCUCGGUCCAGAGCCGGUAUUUGCCUAUCCUACACCGACACCGGAGCAGGUGGAGGAGGAACUUCCGCCGGGGUUUGAAGGGGAUCUGGUACCGCUCGGUCCGAUGUUGGAUAGGGUGGUCAGGAGGGGAUAUGGGGAAUUGAGGGGGCUCGCGGAGUCUACUCUUCCAUCCAUAAGUGACCGCCAAAAACCGCAACCCAUCAUUCAGUACGCCCGGACAACGCGCCAAUCUAUCCUGAAAUACCUCGCUGUUCUCCGCUGGAAAGCCCAAGUCGACGUGCCCAUUUAUGCCGCCCUCAAUGGCAACGCGGCUGGGACUUCCCCGGCACGAACAAAUGGUACCGGUCAUCCAGCCGCCAGUUUCCCCACGCCGCACAGUAACAACGGGUCUUCGGAUUCGCCCGACGUAGCUGCUAUCACAGGAUACGGAGGGAAUGGGAAAGGAAAGGGGAGAGCGAUGGACGAUGUGAUAAGAGGGAAGAUCACGGAUGCGAAGCGGAUAGAGGUGUUCAUGGGUCAUCAGAAUGCGCAGCACUCGGCAGCGGUGGAGCAUCUACGACAUACCUCCAAGGUCGUUGAUGGGUUACGCAUGCGGAACCCAGACCUCUUGACGGCAAUGUCGGUCCUCUCGCUCGGAACCUACCCCCGCCUGCCCACAGAGCUUAUCGACACCUUCACCCCCAAACCCCUGCUCACGAACCGGCUCCUCCUCACCACCCUGCGCAAGCUGAACCGACAUAUCCGAUUCCGGCUGAAAUGCGUCGACUACGUCCCGUCGGAUCUGGUCAUUCUCGAAAUCAAAGAUGGGCGGGUGUAUCUCCAAGGGGAAGGAGGGGAAUGGCGGGCGGAACUGACGAUUAUCAACUUUGGGCAUGCGCUCCGUGGGGCCGAUGGCGGGGAGGAACAGGGGAGGUGGUGGUUGACGGGAGUGGAGUGGGGGUGGAGGGAGAAGGAGGAAAAGGGGGUGGAUGAUCCAGGAGGAAAGGGAAACAAUUCGACCACACGGCGCAGGCUGGACGGGGAGGAGAGGAAGGCGGUAUUGGAUCUGGCGAAUAUGGAGAUUCUGCCACCGAGGCCUGUGCCGGAUGGGGGGGUAGGGAUAGGGACGGGCUCGGGGGUACCGGAUCUGAAGGCCGAGACGGUGUCGGGCGGGGAGAAGAAGAGGGUGGAUGCUCCGCUUGUUAGGAUUCACAACUUCCUCCAACAUCUGAGUUUGACGUAUCAGCUCGAGGUUCUUCAUACGCAGGCGAUGGUACUGGCGAAUGGAAAGUGGAGGGGACAGUUGGCGGUGGAGAUGGACCGGGGCAAGAAGGUCUUGACGCUGAGGUACUGGCUACGCCCAAGACCUCCCGCUCCACCCCCUCCACCCCAAUCCGGACCACGCCGUCCCGCCCCGCCCGUACCGGACUCCCGAACCCCCCUCGUCGGCGGUAUCCUCCGCAUCGCCCUCCUCGAAGAUUCGAAAAAGCGAAACGAGGCCGAAUCCCUCCUCGCUGAAGUCGGAGCAGGCGCCGAGGGGAUCGUACCCGCCGAAAGACUGUUACGUAUGAGAUUGGGGGUCAAGUGGGAACUUGGGGAGAUUGGGGAGGCGCCUGGAGGUGCUACUGCUGAUGGGUGGAAGGUUGGGAACGAAUUGAAUAGUGCGGGAUUGGAGAUUGACCCGAGCCAGCUGUCUAUCGCCGAUAUUCUCACCGAGGCGACGAGGGAGCAUGCCGUCCAUCUGACGCGAUCGCACUGCGCCCCACUUCUCACUUCUGCGCGAAUCGGCAUCUUCCCCAACAAUCCCCCUACGUUGGUUGAUACCCACGCCGAAACCUCGACACGACCAUUGUCGAUGCGCGUCCCUCUACCGGGUAGACAACGAUCGACCGCCAUUCUGGUGGGCAUCAGCGCGCUUACUGGUCUGAUCGAGAUUGAGGAUGAGGGUGCUGUCCCGAUAGGAAUGGAAGAUCGAGGCAAGAGGGCCAAGAUGGCUUGUGGGAGUGUGAAUGAGGGGAAGACUAGGUUGGGGGACGAUAUUGGACGGCUCAUUACCGCUAUCAUCACGGAGAAUAUCGAAGGUCAGAUGCGGGCUUUGGGCCAUACACCUACGCGCCGUCUCCCCCUCCGAUCGCAAGAUAUGGCAAAAGCCGACCUGCACCCCGCAUCCUCCAUAUUCCUCCCCCUCCCCAAUUCGGCAAAUCACCACCUCGUCACCCGCAUCACGGGCUCGGGUGUCGUGUUCGAGGUAUUGCAGCUGGUCAAGGUCCAGGCGGAGAAUGGGGCGGGGUGGAAGUUGGGUAUAGGGGAGCGAGUGGGGAUUGAUCGGGGUUUGAUCAUUGCAGGUGCGGGUGUAAGCGGUGAGGCGGUGCUGCCACAGGAUAAGGAGGGAUCGGCGUUUGAGUUGGAGGAGAAGCAUCUCCGGGAUGUGUUUAUCUACAGCAACGCCCUCGUCGCUCAAUCCAUCAUCGAAUCCCAACUCAAAUCCCGACAUAUCCCCUAUACCCUCUGCCUGCCCUCCCGCGCUGGCCCAGGCGCGCCCAAGUCCCGCUCUCCGCUCGCGGGUCUUAUUCCGACAUUUACGGUCCGGUCGGCGUAUCUGUUGAUGGCGAGGCAGACAGGAGCGAGAGCAGAGGCGGGCGAGGUGGCUAUGCCGAGAGUGUGGAUACAGGUCGGGGGGUGGUGGAAGGGUGGGAAGUGCUCGGCAGUAACAGUCGUCCAGCUUCGACAUCGCCCAUCGACGCCUACAUCCGGACCUUCCGGCUCCUCAGCCACGGGUACCAGCGCAACCACGAAAUCCGAUGGGAUCACGUUUGACCAAGCAUCGUCAGUCGUCAAGUUCCAUGCGGACGAUUUGGACAAUUGCGUCAAGGGGUUCUUGGAGCAGUGGGAGCGGUUGAGUAAGGUCAUUAUUGUGGCUGGGACCGUCAACAAGCUCAACAAGCUACCGCUUUUCAAAGACGUCCGGAUGCUGUCCUUCGACCUCCGAACAGCGACGCUCGAAUAUGCCCCUGGGUACCUGUGCGAGAUCACGUACGAUUCAGGCACGGACGGCUAUGUCGUUUCGUUUGGCCGGACGGGGCCCGCUGAUGCUGCUGCUGCUGGCAGAGCGGUACAGGGUGUCGAGGAAAACGGAGCCGGGGAAGCAGUCAACCCCCACGAAGCGAUGAAGGGGUUGUUGAGCUGGGAGUUGAACGAGCUGGUCGAGGGACAAAAGGACGUCGGUGUCAGAUUCAUCGGGCUUCUUCGUGCGACGCUGCCUUUCCUUCUCGAAUCUGCACCCCCGGGACCGCAACUCGUCAUCCUCUCUGUUCGCCGAUAUCGCCUCAUCUGGGAUAUCCAGUCUACCCGUCGAUUCGGGGUCGAAUUCACGCUGCUCCCGAAUAAUCAGAGCUGGGUUAUCAGCGAUGCUGCGGCGUCACCGAUGAAUGGGGUUGAGGCGGACGGACGGUGUGGCCCAUUGGAGGAAAUCAGAGGAUUUCCGGACGUUGUGGGGAGUUUGUGGGAGUCUCUGAGGGGCGCAUCGGAGAAGAAGGAAGUGGCGGCGCUGGGAGGAGAAGCGGGGGAGGAGACGAAGCCGGAUAUGCGCUCAGGUGGAGGGGGGAGCGAGAUGACGGCGAUGAAGUUGGAUCAGGGCGGGUCAUUAUGGAUCUCCGGGGAGAGUGGGGUUGUAAGGGACGCUAUCAAGGGGAUGGUAGGUGGAGUAGGCGAUAUAUUGGGGGAUGGGAAGUAG